AUGGUAAAAAUCCUGUGUGUUACCCGAGUCAGUGUUGUUGAGGACUCUUUGAAAAUACCGAUUGGUGGUAAUGAUGGUGUUGACAGGAAACGUCGUCGGAAUAAACCAAAUCAUGUAAAAACAACAAAAUAUAGUUUGUUAACAUUUUUACCCCUAAAUAUGUUAGAACAAUUUCGUCGAAUUGCUAAUGUUUAUUUUUUGAUAAUGACAAUUGCAUCGUUUUUAAUUGAUAGUCCCGUAUCUCCUAUGACUGCUCUGGUACCAUUACUAUUCGUAAUAAUUGUUACAGCAGUAAAACAAGCCUAUGAAGAUUUUCUUCGUCAUAAGUCGGAUAAUAAAGUGAAUUGUGCUAAAGUCACCAUAAUUAGUAAAGGAGUUAAGAAAGAAAUUCAAUCACAAUAUGUGACACCAGGAGAUUUGGUCUAUGUCCAACGUGAUUGUGAUAUACCCUGUGAUUUGGUGCUGUUAUCAUCCUCCGAUUCCCGUAGAAAAUGUUUUGUAACCACUGCUAAUUUAGAUGGCGAGUCAAAUUUGAAAACAUUACAUGUACCCAAGGACCUACCAGAAAUUGAUUUUAAUAAUUUCCAAAAUGUCGGUAUUAUAGAAUGCGAAAGCCCCCAAACGGAUCUUUAUAGUUUUAAUGGAAAAAUUGAAUUACCAAAUGCUGCCACCUUGCCACUAUCAUCCGAAAAUAUUUUAUUGCGGGGUUCAAGACUCAAAAACACGGAAUGGAUUAUUGGUUGUGCCGUCUACACCGGAAUGUCUACAAAAUUACAAUUAAAUUCACGACUGACGCGAAGUAAAUUCGCCUCGAGUGAAAUAUAUUUGAAUCGUUUCUUGGUCUUCAUUGUAAUACUGAUGAUUGCGAUUGUAACCGUAUUGUAUUUUUUGAAAAGUGAAACAGAAUUGAAUGUAGUUCCCGGGAUGUCAUAUUUGGGCUUACCCAUUGAUGUUUAUGAUUUCAAACAAUUCUUUCAAGAUUAUAUGUCAUUUUUGGUAUUAUUUAAGUAUUUAAUACCAAUAUCGAUGUAUGUCACAAUUGAGUUGUAUCGCGUUAUGGCUGGUCAAUUUAUACGCUGGGAUAUAGAACUGUACGAUGCGGAGAUUGAUGAACCGUGUAUGGUGAAUACAACGAAUUUGAAUGAAGAAUUGGGUCAAAUAAAUAUGAUAUUUUCGGACAAAACUGGUACUUUGACGAAGAAUGAAAUGGUGUUGCAACAGUGUUCCAUUGGUGGAAGGAAAUAUUUUUAUAGGGGGAAUUAUUUGGAGGAGGAAGGUGGUGCGAAGGAGAUGGUGGAUUUCAACAUAUUUGAUGAUCAUCAUAAGAACUUCUUGCAAGCCCUUUCUAUCUGCCAUACAGUUCAGGUUGUUGGCCAACCAAUGCACAUUCCUUUGGAAGGGAUGAAUAAAUCAAAAAGUACAGAGAAAACAAUGAACGAAACCACGAUUACCGCCAUGAAAACUGAAGAAAUAAUCAGAAAUUUAGAUUACCAAGCCUCCAGUGCCGAUGAGAGAGCCCUAGUUGAGGCUUGUGCCCAAUUGGGUUUUAUUUUCAUUGGUGAUGAUAAUGAAAGUUUAAAAAUUCAUAACAAUUCACACCUCUCGGAUGAACUUCAUUUCCAUCGAUUACAUAUAUUGGAAUUUACCUCCGAACGUAAACGAAUGAGUGUUGUAGUCAAAGAUAAAAAUGACUCAAUAUGGAUUUAUACAAAGGGUGCUGAGAGUAGUGUAUUUCCUUUGUGCGAUCAACAAUCGCUGGAUGUGAUUUCACAAACCAAUUCACAUAUAAUGGAUUUUGCCCAGCAAGGUCUACGGACAUUGGCAAUUGCUCGGCGUAAAAUUGAUGACAAAGAAUAUGAGAAAUUUUUAAUGGAGUGGGAAAGGGCAAAUAUUUCGUUGGGUAAUCGAAAGGAGUUAAGUGAGAAGUGUUAUGCCAUUCUGGAGAGGGAUUUAGAACUCCUGGGGGCAACAGCCGUCGAAGAUGCCCUGCAAGAGGACGUUGCUGAAACACUAAAAUCUUUACAAAUAGCUGGUAUCAAAAUAUGGGUUCUGACCGGAGAUAAAAUGGAAACUGCACUCAAUAUUGGCAUAUCAUGUGGACACAUUAAACUUACUUCCUACAGAUAUACCAUCAGUAAUUGUCGAGACAGGGAAGCCAUUUCAUACCACCUGACAACGCUACAACAUGAAAUCGAAUUUAGAAAAAAUCAAGAGUGUUCCCUCCUCAUUGAUGGUGACAGCUUAGCUACGGCUUUAGCUGAGGCACCCAACGAAUUUCGCAUUGCUGCAAUUAAAUGUUCAGCCGUUUUAUGCUGUCGCCUAAGUCCAUUACAAAAAAGUCAAGUGGUUGCGUUAAUAAAAAAUGCUCCCGAACAAUAUAUUACCGCAGCCAUUGGUGAUGGUGCGAAUGAUGUUAGUAUGUUGCAGGAGGCACAUGUUGGUAUUGGUGUAAUGGGUAGGGAGGGAUGUCAGGCAGCACAAUGUUCUGAUUUUGCUAUUGGCAAAUUUUUUAUGCUACAACGAUUGCUGCUCGUUCAUGGUCAUUAUCAGACACAACGUUUAUCAUUGCUGCUUUUGUAUUUCUUCUAUAAGAAUGUCUUCCUUAUGAGCAUCAUUUUCCUGUUUCAAUUCUAUACGCUAUAUUCAACAACAGCUCCCUACGAUUCUUUGCCAAUGACAUUGUAUAAUAUUAUAUAUACCACAUUGCCGAUAUUGUUUAUAUCGUUAACGGAAAAGCCUUACAAGGAGGAGGAGUUAAUGAGAAAUCCCGAACUCUAUCGUAAAAACACCAAAAAUAAGCAACUACAAUGGCCAACAUUUUUAGAAUGGAUUUUCUUUGGUCUUUAUCAUUCGAUCAUUUGUUUCUAUUUUGCCUCGUGGAUAUUCUCUGGCAAUGAUGUUAUAUUGAAUGGUGGUCAAACUGCAGAUUUUGCCUGCUAUUGUGCCUUGCUGCUACACAUUGUUAUCAUUGUGGUUAAUUUGAAAAUAUGGUUGGAAUCUCAAUAUGUUACCUAUUGGUAUAUUGGAACAAUUAUUUUGUCGAUAUUGGCAUAUUUUCUUACAACGUUUCUGUAUAACUUUUGGAAUCAUCAUUAUGAUACCAAUAUCUAUGGAGCAUAUAAUAAACUUCUGGCCUCCAUACCAGUGUGGUUGUUUUGUGUUAUUACCACAGUGUCCUGUUUGCUGCCUGACUUUGUUGUUCGAGUGCUUAGACAGACUUUUAAUUUUUCACGUGAAAAUAAAGUUGUGUGCUGA